AUGGAGGGAUUCAACCCGGGCCACAUAGAACACCUGUCUCCCAUUGACUCGACUGACAACAAUUCAGCAUCCUUCAUAUAUCCGCUGCCCAAAACUGCCGGCGAGUAUGUAAACAAUCACAACGAAAAUCACACAGAUGUAAAUCCAUCCCCUGUGCCGUCUUCGAUGGUGUCUCUAAAUUUCAAGAACCCGUCCUCCCCAAAUGGCGAUUUCCAUAUUCAUACAUCUGCAUCCCCUACGGAAGCUGCAGAGCAUGGCAAUCAGCCAGAAAAACUGAAUCAGAAUAAUUUGGUUCAUCUAGAUCCAGUGCCCAAUUUUAAAGAUAAAGCCGACAUCAAGCCUUGGUUACAAAAAAUCUUCUAUCCUCAAGGGAUAGAGCUUGUGAUAGAAAGAUCGGAUACCUUUAAAGUUGUCUUCAAAUGUAAAGCUGCUAAAAGGGGAAGAAACACAAGGAGGAAAAGAAAAGAUAAGUCUAACGAACAGGACCAAGAAGAGGAGAAAUUGCAGGUCAAUGACGAUGAAUUCGAAAAUACAAGCAGCUCGAACUUUAUAGUAUCAAGUAACGGGGCUCGAUCGUCGCCCGAACUAACAUCUUCCGGAAAGCCAAAGAAGAAAAGGUGUGUCUCAAGGUUCAAUAACUGCCCCUUCAGGGUACGAGCCACUUAUUCAUUGAAGAGGAAAAGAUGGAGUAUUGUAGUAAUGAAUAGCAACCAUUCGCAUCCGUUGAAGUUCAACCCUGAUUCUGAAGAGUACAAAAAAUUCAAAGAAAAAUUAAGGAAAGACAAUGAUCUGGAUGCGAUCAAGAAAUUUGACGAACUGGAGUAUAGAACGUUGGCCAACUUACCCAUUCCGACAGCUACAAUACCUUGUGACUGUGGUUUAACGAAUGAAAUUCAAAGUUUUAACGUUGUCUUGCCUACUAACAGCAAAUCGUCUUCGUCUGCAUCUUCUUCAAGUGUAUCAUCAGUGUCUCUCGAUCCUUUGAGUGCAUCGAAAAGACCGUGCUUACCCCCUGUAAAUAACACUGGUAAUGUCAAUACUAACAAUAUAAGGAAGCCAAGAAGCCAAUCCAAGAAUAAGGAUACACUAUUGAAAAGAACGACCAUGCAGAACUUCCUCACUACGAAAUCAAGACUACAUAAGACGGGCACCCCAACAUCUUCACAGCAUUCAUCUACAGCAUUUUCGGGAUAUAUUGACGAUCCAUUCAAUUUAAACGAAAUAUUACCAUUACCGACUUCUGAUUUUAAGCCGAAUACUGUCACCAAUUUAAACGAGAUCGAUUUCACAAAUAUUUUCACCAAACCGUCACACCCCCACAGUGGGCCCACUCAUCCAAGACAAGUCUUCGACCAAUUGGAUGAUUGUUCCUCGAUACUCUUUUCUCCAUUGACUACAAACACAAACAAUGAUUUUGAAGUAGAAUCGGAUGAUUUCGUUCAUUCUCCAUAUUUGAAUUCGGAAGGCGAUUUCAGUCAAAUUCUUAAUAAUGCCCCCCCUGCUCAUCAUGUUCCAGAUCACACGCGUCUGGAAAGUCAAGAUAGUAUCGAUAGAUUUGCCAAUAGUUCGCAAGAACAGAACGAGUACAUCUUGCAGUAUUUGACACAUUUUGACGCCGCGAAUCAUGCCGCCAAUACUUCAAACGAUAUUUCGCAUUCAUUAAACAUCCACCAUAACAUUACUGACCUGAGCAACUCACUUCUCAAACAGGAAACUCUGAUAGAUAACCCUUCGACCAGAAUUUUGGACGAAUUAAAGUUCUUACAAAAUAGCCCCCACGGUACUCACCAUCCUGUAGAUUUUCAGCAUGAAAACUAUAAUCAUCUAAUGCCGAAUCAACCUCAAAUACGACACCAGCAACAUGAACUGCAGCUGCAGCUGCCCCAGCAACAACAGCAACAGCGGCAGCAGGAAUAUCCCCAUAGUCAUGAUCACCACGAUCAUCACCACAACCAGCAUCAAGAAGUACGAAAAGAGGUACAAACACACGAAACGCUUGAAAUGAUGGGAAAUACACUAUUGGAGGAAUUCAAUGACAUUAAGAUGAUUAACGGCGAAUUGAAAUACGUGAAACGAGAAGAUUAA